AUCUCAUAGGCAUGUCGCUGCUGGAUUAUGAGCUGGAUUGGGAAGAGGUGGUGUCUAUUUGGAGGAGUUAUAAGAAGCAACGACCUUUCUCACUGACAGCCCGGCCGAAGAAGCGUCCGACGAGCAGGAAGGGGAAGGAACUGGCACAGGUAGUGGAGGAGGUUGAGGUCGAUGACGAUGAGAAAGAUGAGCUUGUGGGGAAUGAGGCAGCCGACCGUUUAGACGAUGACGACGAUUCUGGGUAGUGAACUAGUGAUAUGGCUGU